AUGUAUGGGAAACCGAAGCCCAAGGAGUCCGUCCUGGACCUCUGCACGCGCGCGACUCUGCUUGGCAACAACAUCUCGGUUCGCAUGCUCGAGUUCCUCACCAACGUCAAGCAUCAACCCCACGGCUUCCGCGACCUCGCCAAUGACUUCCUCGACAUCUGCCGCAUACUAUGGUCCAUCGAGGCCGGCCUCUCGGAGGCAUCCCGAGUUCACCAGGAGUUCCCCGCCGAUAUGAUCAAGGAGCUCGACACCAAGUUCCGCCAGACCAACAGCGACUUCCAGGUCCUCGACCACAUGAUGUUUGAGUUCCUCGAGUACGAGAAGAAGGGUGCCAUGGGCAGGAUCCAGCGCGGCUGGCGCAUGAUGUUUGCCGACAAGGAAAUCUUCAGGAUGAGGGAGUCGAUACGCAAGGCCAGGGACGCGCUGAGGAUGAGCGCGCUCGUCUUCCAGUGGUCUCUCGGAAACUCCAAGACGGACGAGGCUGUUGGGAACGGCUAUGCUGGCCUCGCCGCGGCUCUCGAUCGCAUCAGCCAGUCUCACUCGACCGUCCGGAUAGCCAAGUCCAAGUCGUUUGAGGUCCAACAUACUCCGCCGGACCAGUCUGACGAGACUUCGCCUCCCCUGCCUCCUCUGCCCGCUCUCCCCUCUCAAGCACCUCACCUCCCUCCUCCUUCUCUCGUCGAGAAGAUGUCAGCAGACUUUGUCAUGCAAGAGACCAGGUUAUCACCGGACCCGCGUCGUCGCACAUCCAUCUCCAACAGGAGUCAUCACAGCGCGUCGGAUCACGGCGCCUCAACGAGGAUCCCCGACAGGAGGAUAGGCCGCGAUGACAUUACCAUCUCAGAGCACGGUCACUACGACCUUCAAUCCCCAGUCUCACUACACAACCUUCAAUCACCGCCUUCACUGCACGGAUCUGGUGUGCAUUCCACAAGAAUCAACAUGGACAGGAGGUCAAACCGGGAUGAUCUCACCAUCUCCGAUACCUACGAUGCCCCCAGCCGUAUCUCAGACAGGAGACCUCUCCGCGACUCCGAUAACACACUCUCCCCGUCCUCAUCGGGCACUGAGACUCUCAUCGGCGAGUUGCAAAACAUCGCCGACAGCAUCCCGGCCAAGGUCGUCCGCCUCAAGGCAGACCCCAUGACGAUGCCGCGCUGGACACCGCGCCACAACGCCAACGGCAACCCAGCCCUCAAGACCUCUCUCAUUUCCGCCGUCCAGGGCAAGAACCACAAGCUCGUCGAGCAACUUCUUGACCGCGGCGUGUCACCAGACACGGGCGCCGAGAACCACGUUCUCGUCGACUCGGUCCUUUGCCAGGACCACGAGAGCGUGCGUCUCCUGCUGCUCUUCGGCGCUGACCCCAACUCGCCUGACAAGGAUGGCAUUACGCCUCUCUUUGCCGCAGUUGAGAUGAACUCUGUUGAGAUGGCCAAGAUGCUUCUCAAGUACGGUGCCGACCCCAACCUCUCUGCUGGCUCAUCGCAAGAGUCUCCCCUGGCCAUCUCCGUCAUUGACGGCAAGAUUGACUUCGUUCAUCUCCUCCUCACGUACGGCGGUGACCCGAACCACAUCAUGGCCAACGGCAACACCGUCCUCAUCUGCUCGAUGAACAAGAGCACGCCAAAGAAGCUGGUCGACCUCAUGCUUGACUACGGCUCGGAUCCCAACGUUAAGAACAGGGAAGGCAAGACUGCCCUGUUCGAGGCUAUCCAGUCCGCCAGAGUCGAUCUCCUCACUGCGCUCCUGGACCACGGUGCCAACCCCAACUUGCCCGGCCCCAAGCACAUGCUUUGGCCAGCGACCUACCAGGCACCGUGUCUCAAGGUUCUCCUUGCCCGUGGCGCCGACAACAAGAAGACGCCAGGCAACAUGGAGCUUGCUGUCAGCAUCAACAACAUAGAGUCCGUCCGUGUCCUCCUCGCCGCCGGCGUCUCCCCCAACCUCAAGAAGGAUGGCAUCUACACGCCGCUGUGCACGUCCAUCCGUGACAACCGCGCCGACAUCUUCGAGCUCCUCCUCGAGAGCGGCGCGGAUCCCAACCUCAACUCCGCCGAGUACCCCGCCUUCAAGUGCGUCACUCACUUCCGCACCCACUUCCUCCCCCGCCUCGUCGCCGCCGGCAACGACCUGCACAACCCCAAGGGCAUCAUCGAGAUGGCCGUCCGUGUCAACAACAUGGAGGCGCUCAUGUGGCUCCUCGACCAGGGCGUGAGCCCCAACGACAAGGGCGACGACGGCAACACUCCCAUCACCACCGCCAUCCGUGAGAACCGCAUGGAGAUGCUUGACGAGCUUCUCUCUCACGGCGCCGACCCCAACGUGCGCGGCUGCGAUUGGCCCAUCGUCAUGUCCGUCCAGCGCCCGGACGUCCUCAAGAAGCUCCUCCCCGCGGUCCCUGACCCUCGCUCCUUCAAGGGCCUUAUGGAGCGUGCCGUCGUCGCCAACCAGCUCGACAGCGUCAAGCUGCUGCUCAAGGCCGGCGUCUCCGUCGAGGACAAGAACGGCGGCGUCUUCUCCCCGCUGACCAGCGCCAUCCGCGAGGACAACAAGGAGAUGACCAGCUUCCUGAUCCACGAGGCCGGUGCCGAUAUCAACGCGCCCGGUGAGCACCUGCCCAUUGUCAAGGCCGUCCGCCGCUGCCGCGGCGACGACACCGACAUCCUCGAGAUGCUCCUCCGCAACGGCGCCGACGCGAAUAAGAUGUACCGCGGUUGGAACGCCAUCAUGCAGGCCGUCGAGAACGGCGACGCCAAGAUCCUCAAGAUCCUCGUGGAGGCUUGCGGUGUCGACCUCGAGGCCAGGGAUGAAGCUGGCCGUACGGUCAUGGAGAUCGCUGCUGGUCGCGGCUGGGAGGAGUCUGUUGGCAUCAUCCUCUGGGAUGGCAAGAACAAGGCUUAA